AUGAUUGAACGGGUUGACGGGACAGCGACGACCAACGAGACUUCUUUUUUCUUCUUUUUCUUCUUCUUCUUUUUUUAUGUAGUCUCUAUCUCUUUCUCUUCUGCUUCUUCUUCUACUUCUUCUUCUUCUUCUACUUCUUCUUCUUCUUCUUUUUUAUGUAGUCUCUAUCUCUUUCUCUUCUUCUUCUUUUUCUUCUUCUUCUUCUUCUUCUUCUUGUAUGUAUUCUCUGUCGAUUUCUCCUCUUCAUUUAUGUAUUCUCCAUCGUAUUCUCACCUUCUUCGUCUUUUUCUUCUAUGCAUUCCCUAUCGCUUUCUCUCUUUCUUCUUCUUUUAUGUAUUCUCUGUCAAUUUCUUCUCUUCAUUUAUGCAUUCUCCAUCGUAUUCUCCUCUUCUUCGUCUUCUUCUUCUUCUUACGCUUUCUCUAUCGCUUUCUCUUCUUCUCAUUGAUUUCUUUUGA